AUGAAAACCUUCGUGGACGAAUGUAUGACCAGCCUGGGUGCAGCUGGGCCAUGGAUCAAGUUGUCGGGGCGACAGCUGUCUGGCUGCCCAAAGGAGCUCAUUUGGGUUGAAGUCGAUUUGGAUUCGCGGUUCGCAUCCAUUCGAACCCAGGAAACAAACCUUGGCAACUUUGUGGUAGAUGUCAUGAGGUAUGCCAUGAAGGCGGAUGUUGCCAUGUUGAACAGCGGCACCUUGAGGGCAGAUGCCAUCAUUGAAAAAGGUGACAUCAAAGUUCGCGACUUGGUGAAUCUGCUGCCCAUGUUGGAUGAACUGUGCUUGCUGCAACUCACCGGCACACAGGUGCUGGCCGCGUUGGAGAAUUCCGUGUCGCAGUACCCGCGCCUGGAAGGCCGUUUCGCUCAGGUCAGUGGUGUGACCUUCAGCUUCGAUGCAGCCAAGCCUGCGCUUGCGAGAAUUGAGGAGCGUAGCGUCAAGAUUGGUGAUGAGCCACUUCAGCCGGAAAAAAGCUACAAGCUCGUCACAAAGGAUUAUUUGCGAAAGGGCAAAGACGGCUACGACGUCUUUAUGGAUGGAAUUUGCCAGGGACCUGAACAUGGAGAAAAUUGGACAUGGCGCAGCCUUUACCGUUGA